AUGUCAGCUUCUACAUGUCGUCCCGAGUUAGCAGUAGCAAACUACCUGUUCCACUAUAGAUCCUCUUUUAAUGUCGGGGAAGAUCUUAAAUUGUUACCGGUGCUAACCCAGCCAGACAUUCAGGGCCAGAGUGCUUGGGAGGAAAUCUUCAAUGAGGAAGAGAUGCUGGUAAUCCAUAGGGUGCAUUUGGAGAUGAUGCGUUCCAACCUAGAGACUAGUACGGUGCAAGACAUAAUGCCAGCUUUGCUUUGUAAUGAAAUUAGUCCCAACAAUGAAAUUAUUGUCGUCGAAGAUGAUGACGAUGCUGUUAUGGAAGUUGCUGUCGUGAACAUUGAGGGCAUACAGGUUGACCCACCAAAUUCUCCGGCCUCCGUCGAGCUAUCGGCUUGCCACAAGUUUGGUGACGUUGGUCUCGGACUAGUAGGGUGUAAUCAUUAUCUUGUUCCCCCUACAACAUGCAGUGGAAUAGAUGACACAAUGACUUUCUGGCAAGGGGUCCUCCCUGAGGGUUACAAUACCCCAUUCGGAGAUAACAUUCAAAAUCUGGUGGACCACCUAGACAUAGGGGUGGCAAACGAGUCAUUAGCUCAUGAGGUGACUCAGCUCAGCUCGAAUUUUGACGAGCACGAGCUAUGUUUUUAG